GACAUGAUCGUGGCGCUGUCGACGCGCUGGUACGCGGGCGGACGCCGGUGCGGCAAGAUGAUCAACAUCACCAGCAAGCACAACGGGCGCACCGUGCAGGCCAAGGUGGUGGACGAGUGCGACUCCAACCACGGCUGCAAGACCAACAUCGUGGACACCUCCGAGGCCGUGUGGAAGGCGCUCGGGCUCGACAGCAACAUCGGCGAGGUGCCGGUGACAUGGUCCGACGCCUGAGGCCAUAUCCGCCGGCCAUGGGUUCCAGGUUGCUCGAAGCCAGUCACGUACGGUGUGCGUGGAAAAGGUCUCUAGCUGCUUCCUGGACCUGGGUACGUAGUACGUAUGUAUACGUUUGAAGUGCGAGUGUCGUUGUCAACCUCGACGGGUAGGGAGCUUGUCGAGUAGUCACCUCUUAUAUAACCGAAUAAAACUACCUCUGUGGGGUAGUGCGGGCCUA